AAGGGUUAACUGGAUACCGGAAGUGAGGCACUCCUUGACUCGUUCUGAUAAGUACGGUGUAAAAUUAAGAGAAAGGUUUAUCGUCAGAAACGACAAGAUGGGAACAACGGCAAGUCAACUUGGGAAAGAUUUGUUAUCAGAAUACCAAGAGCUGACAUUUCUAACAAAGCAAGAAAUUCUUCUGGCACAUAAACGGUUCACUGAGCUGCUCAAGAAAGAUGAGCAAGACCUUCCAAACGCCAGGGUACCCAUGGAGAAAAUUCUCACCCUUCCAGAACUCAAGUCGAACCCUUUCAGAACGCGAAUCUGCCAUGUCUUCUCCACAUCUGAACUGAAAGAUGGAAGCCUCACUUUCGAGGACUUUCUCGACCUUUUGAGUGCCUUCAGCGACUCUGCUACGCUGGAAAUCAAGUCCCACUACGCAUUUCGUAUAUUUGACUUUGAUGAUGAUGGAACUCUUGACUGUGGUGAUCUGGAGAAACUGGUCAACUGCCUGACAGGAGAGACGGAUGACACAAGACUAACCCCUGAGGAGAUGAGACAGCUCAUCACCAACAUUCUUGAUGAGUCAGACAUUGACAAGGAUGGAACGGUGAACCUUUCAGAGUUUCAGCAUGUUAUUUCAAGGUCACCAGAUUUUAUCAGUUCCUUCAAAAUUGUGCUGUAAAGACCUUCAGUCGACAACAAAUGGAUCACCCACAUGUUGUGUUCAUCUUAUAAGCUAAAUUAUUUGCCUUAAAUUAUAUAUGUAUUUUACUGACUUAUCUGCUGUUAUAUGUAAAUGAACAGACCUGUGAUUUUUUUAAAUUCUUGUAUUAAAUCCUUUGUAUUUCCACAAAAAGGUGGACAAACUA